GAGUUUGAUUAUUGAAACAUUAAAGAGUACAGAAAAUUACUAGCUUUUUAUAAUAGACAGUAAUUCCUUAGUUAUAAGAAGUAAAAACCUAUGAAAUUAUAGGCCAGUGUAUAAUUGCUUUCUCCUCACCCAAGUCUUACUGUGCCUGUUUGAAAUUCACUCGACCUGAACUUUUCUGAGCUGAUUUCCAGUUCUAUCCAAUUGUCCCAGAAAAAGCUAUACAUGAUUUUCUGCACCUGCAUCAGCACAAUAUUGGGCAGGAAUAGCCACAUGCCCAAGAAUGUGAUACAACUAUAUGUUUUGGAAUUGGGGUAGCAGCCUAUUGUGCAAUUAAGAGGAAUUGUGGGAAAUCUGCCAAUCACUAUGCCUUACCUCCUUCAAUUUCUCAUCCACACAUCACUCACUAUCAUCACCAAAGUAUGAUGUCAAUCUCUACAUGAAUGUUGGUGGCACUUUGUUCUCCUUCAGCAUCUCUUGGUUCCUUGGCUGCUUUACAUUCAAAGGCCUACACCACCCUUAAAAAGAAUUCAAUUCUAUGAUUUGGUAAAACAGAAAUUCUAACAUUUGAUUCUGAUCUUAAGUCUAACAGAUCAAGAUGUCUGAAUAGGCAAUCUACCAUCCAUCAACCUUCUUAAAUCUGAGCACAUCUUCUAGCCCAGAUCCUAAAUUAUUAGCAAUCCAGUGGACUGUGAACAGCCCUUUACUGAGAGGGACUUAAUGGGAAAUAGAUCAUAUCAUAUUAGAUUGAUAUACGGUGGGCUGUUUCCCUUAAUAUUUUCAUGACUUAGUUUGUAUGAGGACUAUGACCUGAACCAGGAAAAAUAAAUAGUGGGCUGGGUUUUGUAGAUAGCAGAGAGACCAAAGAAUGGAAGAUGGCCAACUAGGGGUUUGCUCAGUGGUGAAUCCAAAGGAACCUUUUGAGAGUUGGAAGCUCAGUAUGGCAAUAGACCUUACUCCUGGGAUCAUGAGUUGCUCCUGGCUACUGUUAGUGUCCAGGAUUUCAAUAAUUGUAAUGCAGUUCCAAGCAGACAAUUCUGGGGCUGCUGGAGUUCUUUCCAAUGAUGUGGAGCAAACCCUUAUGAUUAUUGCAAGCCCUAUUCAAAAAAGACAGAGAGAGGAAAAAGGAAACUACGGACUGGUUGGCCUCACUUCUGUAGUAAGGAAAAUGCAGGAGGUUAUUAUGGAAAAUAUCACUGGGAUUAGAUCAAGUCAACAUGGAUUUUGGAAAUGAAAUCAUGUUUGACAAACCCAUUGGGAGUUUUUUUUUGAGGCUGUAAUUGUUACAAUAGGUAAGGGCAAACCGGUGAAUGUAAUACAUCGGAUUUUCAGAAAGUAAGUACCACAUUAAAGGUCAACGUGUAACAUGAACACACGUUCUGAUUGAAGCAUAUUGGCAUGAAUUGAAAAUUGGUUGACACAAGAACCAGAGUGAAGUAAAUGAAUUUGUCUUACAGUAAGCCAUCAGACAGUAACUAGGGAGGCACCAAAAAGAUUAGUGCUUGGAUCUCAACAAUAUCAGCGUCCUUACUUUAAUCUAUCAUCCCUGUGACCACUGACAUCCACUGGAUCACAGCUGACAACACUUCACCUUAACUUCCUCAUUCUUCUGUUCAAGUCUGCAGGUCUUCACGUCUGCCCCAACUUCCAGCCUUGCAACCCAAGUAAAUCUAUUACUUUCCUGCAGCCUGGCCUUGUACAUGUUCCCAAUUCUGUCAUCCCAUUAUUGGGUUGCCUCUAUCAUCCAGGCUUAAACUCUGGAAUUUCUACACGAAUCCUCUCUCCCUAAGAACUUUUGCACAAACGUAUCUCUUUGGCUAAGUAUUCGAUCACCAGGCCUGAUGUUAUUGUUUGGCUCAGAAUUAUUUUCUGAAUUGGCCCUUUUGAAGCAUCUUACAGUGUUUCAUAAAAUGUCCAGUGCAGGCUGUUACUCAGAAAAUUGUUAAUUGUGCAAAUGAGCAACAAUAGCAAAUUUAAACAAAAAGACCUCCCAAAUCAGCUGACCCAUCUGUUGGUUCUAUAUCCUGAAGUAAUGUUACUAAUAAGGCAGAUAAAGUACAAUUUCACACAGAAGAACUGGGUGUAUUGUAUCAAAUUUUGGUGGCUAUAAAAGGAAUAGGUGGUUUUGCAAGCUGCAAGGAGGACACAAAGAGCAUGGGAAUGGAUAUACAUAGAUUCAGCCACCCAGCAAGAAGCUGGCAGUUGGAGUAUAAUGUGGGAAAAUGAGAGUUUGAACACUUUUGUAGGUAGAACAAAAACAGAAUAUAUAAGGUUAUGGGAAGCAUGAGUAGGGUAGAUAAUCAAAAUCUUUUUGCCAACAUAGGGCCAUCAAAACAGCAUGCUUCAGGUGAGAGGAAGGAAUUCUGAAUGGUAAGUUUUUAAGACAAGGAGUGGUUCAUGUCCAGAGUGUGCUGUGGGGGGAGAUGGAGGAAUCAGAUACAAUAUACAUUUAAUAGACAUUUAGAUGGAUACUAAAAUGAGCAAAUUGCAGAAGAAUACAGCUCCAAUAUGGGCAAAUAGGAUUAUUGUAGAUGGGCAAAAAGAUCAGCGUAGAUAACGCGGGCUGGAAGCCCCAUUUCUGUGCUGCAUAACUCUUAAAGUCUAGGCUACCUUUUAAUACUUUUUUUGGCACAGACCACUUAACUUCAUUUCAUAUUCCCUACUUAUUGACAGUAAUUGCAUAGGAUCACAUGCCUUUUGCAUACUUAGACUACCUUGUACUGUAAGUAUCCACCUGAAGAGGAGGAACUGAGGCUAAUGCAGGAAUUCAAUAGUGGUCGCAAAAAGUUACAGUAUUCCAUUAAAAAUAGUCUCCUACCUGCCUCUUCAUGACCUUCCUAUUCCAAGCCCAGCCUCUUCAUUGCUGUUUCCAAGUUUGCCCAAGUAUUCAAAUCAGAUUCCUUAACUGGAAUUGGUUUAUUAUUGUCACAUACAAUAGGAUACGGGAAAAGCUUUUGUUUCCAUGCCAUCCAAACAGAUUGUUCCCUACUUAAGUACAUCAAAGAAAAAAACAUAACAGAAUGUAGAAUAUAGAGUUAUUGGUGGAAAUUGUUGAGCCAGGCACUGUUCUGCCACUACUCCACCAGUCAGUAAAAUUGUAAAAUGUGUGUUGCCUGGAUCUGUCUGGUCUGUGCCACAAGUUUUGUGCCAUUUGAAAUUUGUAUAGAUCUCCAGUAUAACAGAUUUUUGGCAGUUUUUUCCUUCAUUUUCAAAUUCUUGAAAUUGAUAUGCACAUGACUUUGGGAAGAGAAAUCUGGCAUCGAGAAUUUCUACUAAAAACAACUUGGGAAGUGCUUCUUUUCUAUUCUGAAAUUUGUGUGUCAUUUCUGCCUCUACCUUGAGGAGGGUUAGGUCCCUCACCACCAGGUUCAGGAAGAUUUGUUACCCUACAUCCAUCAGGCUCCUGAACCAUUCACUCACCUCAAUGUGGUCUGACUCCACAACCUAUAGACUCACUUUCAAGGACGCUACAACUCAUGCUCUCAGUAUUAUUUAUUUAUUUUUUUACUUGCGUGAUCUGUUUUCUUUUGCACCCUGGUUGUUUGUCAGUCUUUGUUAUUUCUAGUUUUUCAUAAAUUCUAUUGUAUUUCUUUAUUUUCCUGUAAAUGCCUGCAAGAAAAUGAAUUUCAAGGUAUUUAAUGGUGACAUAUAUGUAUCUUGAUAAGAAAUGUAAUUUUGUUAUGAAUGUGCCACAACUCUGAGGGGCCGAAGGGUACAAAGUAGCCCCAUCCUUUUUGAGAAUCGCAAGAUCACUAUUAAGUCAGUUCAGGAGACCCAGGAAAUGAGAGAAGGACAUGCAGAAUCCACAAAGAGUUUGGAAUGUGUCCUGGCCUCCGAAAGGCGGAACCAUUGAUAUCUGGUGUUGACUCUUGGAGAUGGAAUUGUGUAUUGAAUCCUGUACGAUACAUUGAAGCCCCCAGGCAAUGAACCGAGGGGGGGUGGUUGGUGGAGGGAUUGCAUCAUCUCAACCUGAUUGACAUCUGAGACCCUGUGAGUCAGGAUAAAAGAGGGUCUGUGGGAACAGUCCCUCAGAUGCACCAGAAGAAAUGCUAGAACUCCUGUAACAGCGAAAUAGCGAAAGCCGGUGGAUACAGCCCACGUGCAUCCUUUUCCAUUUGCCUCGGAAUUGGUGGGUCUUGCCACGGAAGCACGGCUUUAGCUAACCACAAAGGGGAAACCAGUCCCCCAACGACUCUCGAAGGAUUGACCUCAUAAAAGGAAUGGGCAAGUUUAACUCUCUCUGUCUUGACUCCAACCAAAGGCUGCAGCCUACAGCUUGAAUGAACUAAAGUGACUUUUAUAUUUCCAUCAGACAAUACAUUAUCCCCUAGUCAACGAUAGAGCUAUUCUUAUUGAUUAUUAUUAUACCGCACUUUUAGAUUUAGUAUUGACGACGUAUAUUAUCUGUAUGUUUGCAUUGAUAUUAUUUUUGUGUAUUUUAUAAAUAAAUACUGUUAAAAAUAGUACCAUCAGACUUCAAUGGACCUCUCUAUCUUUGCUGGUAAGUGACCCAGUUACGGGGUAUGUAACAGUUGGGGUUCUCGUCUCGAGAUUUGACACCAAAUUGGGAGGCCAGUGAAUCGGGCUUGUAAGUCCAAACUUGGAUCUGGUUACGUGGGUAGCCAGACGGGAAACCAGCAAAGAUGGACGUGGAUGAAUUUAUAGAAAACCCGAUUCUAGAGGCGGCCACCAAAUCGGACUUAACAAAUCUGGCAAAAGGGCUAAACCUCGCAGAAGUGAGGUUGUCCAUGAAAAAACGGGAGGUGCAAAGGGCAAUAACUCAGUAUUAUAUUGGGAAGAAUGUGUUUGCAGCUGAGGUGUUGGAAAAUAUUCCUGAAAAGGUACCAGCUAGUGAGACGGCUCAGUUAGAGUUGGAGAAAUUAAAGUUGGAACAUGCAAUUAAGUUAAAGCAGCUGGAAGCAGCUGAGAAGGAGAAAGACAGGGGCGAGAGAGAAAGAGAGCAUGCGCUCCAGCUAAAGGAGUUAAAGGUGAAACGGGAGCAGGAAAGAGCUGAGAAACAAAGAGAGCAUGAAAUUCAGUUAAAACAGCUGGAAGCAGCUGAGAAAGAGGAGAGAGCCGAGAAGGAGAGAGAGUAUGGGGAGGCAGAGAAACAAAGGAAACAUGACUUAGAGAUGGUGAAGUUAAGGCAAGGGCGAAGAGAUCAAGGGUCAGACCGGGAGGAGCGGUUUAAUGUUAGUUGGGAGUUGAGGUUAGUACUUCCGUUCAAGGAGAUGGAUGUUGACAGUUAUUGCUUGCUUUUUGAAAAGGUGGCAGUGAAUCAGAAGUGGCCCAAAGAGCAGUGGGUGGCAUUGUUACAAAGUGUGUUAAAAGGGAAGGCACAACGGGCAUAUACGGUGUUGUCCAUGGAGGAGGAAGAGGAGGAGAGUUAUGACAAAGUAAAGGCGGCCAUUCUCUGGAGUUAUGAGUUAGUACCUGAAGCGAAUAGACAAAAGUUCAGGAGUUUAAAGAAAGGGUGGAAUCAGACGUAUACCGAGUUUGCCUAUGAGAAUGGUGUGCUCUUGGACCGUUGGUGUACAGCAGAAAUAGUGGACAAGGAUUAUUGGCGUCUCAGGGAGUUAAUUCUGAUUGAGGAAUUUAAAGGUUGUGUUUUGGAGGAUAUCUGGAUGUAUUUGAAUGAGAAGCCGAAUAAGUCCAUCUCGGAAUUUGCUAGGUUUGCAGAUGAAUAUGCCCUAACCGACUAGACAAAGUUUUCCUCGAAUAAAAGUUCCCAGAGAGACCGUGGGAACAAUUGAGAAAGCCCACCGGCUGAGGCAGAGGUCCCGCCGGGAGCUAGUGGUAAGGUUGAGGGGGAAAGGCAAGACGGCCAGAGAUUUCCGGGCUUGACCUGUUUUAAUUGCGGAAAGGGGGGGGCAUAUUGCAUCUCGGUGCUUUGCUCCGAGGAAAGAGACAGAAAAAGGGAAAGCAGCGGUCCCUAUCGGAUGUGCCGUGGUAAUCAGUAAAUCGACAAGAGAUCCCCAGAAGGGCGUUCCACAAACAGCAAUAGCAUGAAUGCAGAGACGGGCUGUUCUGGGAGAACACAAUUAC